UUGUGUUCAAAUUAGUAUCAGGUCAUACCCUGUUGGCAUCAUGACGUUGUACAAGCAAAAAGCAAGGUCGGAUUUUCGGUAUAUGGGAAGAUGCGGAAAGUUCCUUACGGUCGUAUUCUGCAUAUUUCUACUGCUGCUAGGUCUAGGGCAGGCGGCGCUUGGCGUGCUACUGCAGCUGGACCUUUCCAAGGUCAGCGACACCGACUUUGUGACGAUCCUAAGCCGGAUCAACUUCAGCGGCGAGAUGGUGUUCGGCGUCACGUACCUCAUCCUUCCCAAGGUUGUGCUGGCAGGGGCCGGGCUCGCACUUAUUGUCGCCGUGUUGGGCUUCGUAGCAAUUUGCCUGGAAAAGCAGCGACUAUUAGUGCUGCUGGCUUACUUCGCACUCUUGUCUCUGUGUUUCCAGAUAAUUUGUUAUAGUAUGGUCAACGUAACUCGGAAUAAGAUCGACUCCGAUCUUCAGAUCACUAUCAAGACGUCAUUCAGCGAAUAUGAGGGGGUCGACUCUAACGUUAGCGCCUCCAGAGCAUGGGACAAGAUAUUUUUCGAAUUCGAGUGUUGCGGUUACGACACAGUGAUCUCAAACACGGACAACUACCACGAGUUCAACGACACCGCCUGGUGGGCGCGACGUACCAACUCUUUGAAGCACGUGCCCACCAGCUGCUGCAAGAGUGCCACGCUCUCAAACUACAAUACCCUCCAGGACACGAACUGCGAGGUCCAGCUGUUGACGCACCGGAACAAGGGAUGUUGGUCCGAGAUAGACACACUUUUCCGAAAGUACAUAACGCACGUGCUCAAAGUGUCCUUAGCUGCAUUGAUCCUCGAGGCGUUCUUGGUAGUAGUUCCCUUUGUCGUCUGUGCGUCCGUCCGCCACAUCAAGACAGUGCGGUUGUUUGAAGAGGAGUACCAGUGAAAGUGAACCAAAAAUAUUACUCAACAAUCGGAUUUAAACUUCUCACAUUAUUUUUUUUUGGUCUUGCUCGUAACACCAAAAUUAGUUCUAGAAUUGAACCAUUUUUGUUUUCCAGUAACUUAUUGCCUACAAAUAAGCGCAUUAGUUUUAGAUACAAACACAUACAUAUUGUAAAACAUGACCCUUUUUGAUAAAUACAUUUUCACCUGCAUUUUUCUCUUUGCUCAUGACUCCAAAACUAUAUAUACAACAACGAUUAACGAUUAUGUAAUAGAGCGUCCAUAAUGUUUACUGUAUGCAUGGUCUUUUUCAAACAUCCACUUGAGGUUGAGAGUGUCGUUUCUGGUAAGCCAGGUUAGCCUGUGUGCAAUGCACAGGGGCUAAUCUGGGACUACCAUUUAUGCACGUGCAGCAAGCCCUUCUCUCCCUGAGCGAGGCUGAGAUGUUCAUAUCCAUCAUCAUAAGCAGUAUUUAGUGCCUUCACCAUACGCAACUGCAGCUAGCUCAAUUACAAUAUUGGUUCUUGUUAAAAUGAUUGUCAGCGCGAAUUUAUGUCGUUUUAUAAAGAAAUUCACGAAGAGGUAUUAAUUUUAUUCUUGGAAUUAUAAUGGUUCUAAAUAGCGUCUAAAAUGAUAUUGUAUUAUAAUAGUUAUCUCGUAGAAUUAAUUCAUAGUUAUCUGAUAGAAUUAAUUCAUAGUUAUUUCAACUGAGUUAUUUUCAUUUCUUUCUCAAUGUUCUUUAUUUGUUUAUCGCAAUAUCUUGUUUCAAAUAAAUUAUCAUCCUUGUUCGUCUUUCAAGCAUAUCAA